CGCUUCCGCUUCCGGCGGGGUAGGUGGGGUCUUGUCGCUCGAAGAUGGCGGCUGGUGGGAGCGACGUGCGGGCUGGCGACGUAGAGGAGGACGCGUCACAGCUCAUCUUCCCUAAAGAGUUUGAAACGGCUGAGACACUUCUCAACUCAGAGGUUCACAUGCUUCUCGAGCACCGGAAGCAACAGAAUGAGAGCGCAGAGGAUGAACAGGAACUUUCCGAGGUCUUCAUGAAAACUUUAAACUACACGGCCCGUUUCAGUCGCUUCAAAAACAGAGAGACCAUUGCCAGUGUCCGUAGCUUGUUGCUCCAGAAGAAGCUUCAUAAAUUUGAGUUGGCCUGUUUGGCCAACCUUUGCCCAGAGACUGCAGAGGAGUCCAAGGCUCUGAUCCCAAGCCUGGAGGGGCGGUUUGAAGAUGAGGAGCUCCAGCAGAUCCUUGAUGAUAUCCAGACCAAGCGCAGCUUUCAGUACUAACCUGCAGGCACCCCUGCUGCCGAGGGCGCCGCGCCCCGUUCCCCUGCAGGAGCCACCUGGGCUUCCUUUGGGUGGAACAGCCCAGCUCGGUCCUGCCUUGGGUUGCUGUUUCAGACUUGACUGUUGGACUGUGACCAUCUUUGAGAGGCCCUGUGGUGGCUGCCUGUGGGAAUGGGGGAGGUGGGGUGCAUAGAAGCUACGCUGUUGACUACCUCAUCCCUUUGUUGUUUUUGAUUCCUAAUACUUCAUGUUUCCAUUUCAGUAUGUUUAUGGUUUUUGAAACUAUACUAGAACAUACAAAGCUGGUAUAAGAAACAAAAGUCUUACCUAGUGCAGAAAGAAUUAAAUCGACCAGUAUCAUUGUUUGAAAUUCUUAAAGAAAGAAUGACUGUUUGAGAGCCUUGGCGUCGUUGUGCUUAACCCAGAAACAGGGCAGAAGCACGCUGUGGAGGGCAGCCCCGUUCCAGAGAGGGUAAGUAGGCCAAGUAUUGUGAGGCCAUAGCCUUGGAAAGGACGGGCAUGGUGGGCUUUUUCUUGCACGUUGCCGAAUGUAGAUUGGGAGUGAGUGGUCCUCAAGAACUGUCCUCUCACUCUCAAAUUAAGGUAUUUCCUUCAUAGGCCAGACCUGAAGCUCUGAGCGCUUUGAAGAUUCUUAUGGGUCGUCCCUUGCUAAGUAGCAGCUCUCUGGCUUGCUGCUGAGCUACAGGUCCCCUGUGGUCGGGUACCACAGGGAGGAAGGGAGCCUGCCCCUUCCCUUGAGCCACUACUGUGAACUCACUUGAUCUAAGGCUUGUUGUGGGAAACGUUAAUGGUUUAACUUUCUAUCUUUGAUUUUUCUGAAGGGAAACAUUUCUGUUUUCUUUACAAUUUGAGGUUUUUUCCUUUGGAACAUUAGUCUUUUCAUCCUUGGACACCUUCACAUCUUUGAGAUUUAUCUGUGUUCUCAGUUGUGAAACGUGGAUAAUAAUGGCAUGUAUAUUCCAUAGAUACUUUAAGAUUGAGAAAAUUAUUUAAAAGAGCCUAUUGGUGUCUGACAUUAUGCCCCAUAAGUGUUAGCUAUUAUUAGUAGCUCAGUCAGAUGACAUGACAAAUCAGUUUGUUUCAUAGAAAAUCAUUCAAGAGUUUGGUGGCAUACCAAUCAGUAAUUGUAGCAGGCUGUGAGAACCCAAUUGCUUACUCUUUAAGUCUGCACAAUUACUUCUGAAGAGAGGCAGUUACAUGUGCAGGUUGGCACCAGGCGGUGGAACAGCAAGAACAAACAUGGAUGACAGGCCUGAGUUACAGUUUAGGUGCCUGUGCGAUGUAGCCCAAGAAUACCAUAGGGCCACCGUCCUCCCUGGUGAUUCCUCCUGUGGACCAGGAGUCUGAGCUACCUGAGAGCAUUUGAGUACGUGAAGUGCCUGACAUGUAGUUAAGCACUAAUACAUGACAGGAAGAUGAUUAGAAGCAGAUUUCAGAACAACUCAUACCAGGGAAUUACUGUGGAAGCAAUCUUGUGCUGUAUUACAGAUUCAAAGCCUGGACAGUCAGUUUCUGGACAUUGUUCUUUAUGGUUCUGGACAGCAUCAUACUGUUGAGAGUGGUCAUCAGGAGACCCUGCAAAGUCCUUGAUCAUCUGUGAAAAAUUGUUAGGCUCCCAGAAUGUGCAAAAGCAGAAUUUGGGGACGCAUUGAAACAAAAAGAUGUCAUGUUGUCAAACCGUCACUUAGCAAAAGACUCAAGUAAGCAGUUGAAACUUUUCUGAAAACUAGUCAGUCUGGUUUUAAUAAAAUAUUAAACUUGA